AUUGACCUAUGUCUUUUCGCAGCUCAAUCGGGUCCCUCCCACAGAAAACCGUCAACAAACAGCACGUGUCUGUUUGUCGGCUUCCGUAGUCAGCUCAUGCUUCGCCAUUGUUCGUGAGCCCAGUUCCGCAGUUUUCAUGGGCACAAGCCACAACAAACCACUAGUGAGAUUCCCGUAUGUUUUAAUACAGGGAUUCAUCUGGCAGUAACACGGAGAAUGGAUACCGGAAGUGCAGGCCAGAAUGACUAAGCUCGGCUCGAUGGAAGACACCAUGUGGAGAAGAGUUUCCCACCUCUGGACCUGAAAUUUUUUUUCGUCUCACUUGUGGGGUCUUCCUCCUUCCUCUGGGACCUGCCUCCAGCCACUGAGCAGUUGUGGUGUAAAUAAUAGUCCUUGAUGAGUAACCUCAAAGCACAGAUAAACCUGCGGACCGAAGAACAGAAAGGACUAAACGCUCUGCCCUUUGACCCAGCAAGCAACAACGACCCUCUCCAUUUCAACGGCUCCAGUGGACAACUGGUGACAGAGUGCCCUUCUCUGGAAAACUCCGCAGAGAACAGCAAGAAGAGGAAGAGAACCGCCUUACCUCCAGAGGGAAUCUGUAAUAUGACCAUGGACUCCAACUCCAUAACAAUGCCGAUGUCGGACCCCAACGCCUGGGCCACAGCCAUGAACAACUUAGGGAUGCCUCCUAUUGGACUGACCGGACAGCCUCUCAUGCCAGACUUUGAUCCCAACCUGGGAAUGAUGGCCGGGAUCACCCCCAUCAAUCCCCUGAUGCCCGGCAUUGGAAUCGUUCCCGCUCCACUCUCGCAGGAUCUUCCUGUUGUCAAAGAAAUCAUCCACUGCAAGAGCUGCACCCUGUUCCCUCCAAACCCCAACCUUCCUCCUCCCGCCACAAGAGAGCGCCCCCCAGGGUGUAAGACGGUAUUCGUCGGGGGUCUGCCGGAGAACGCCACCGAGCAGCUCAUCAUGGAGGUCUUCGGUCAGUGCGGCGACAUCACAGCGAUACGAAAAAGUAAAAAGAACUUCUGUCACAUCCGAUUUGCGGAAGAGUUCACGGUGGACAAGGCUCUGUUUCUGUCUGGUUACCGUAUCCGUUUAGGCUCCAGCACGGAUAAAAAAGACACUGGUCGUCUUCACGUGGACUUUGCCCAGGCCAGGGACGAUUUGUACGAGUGGGAGUGUCGACAGAGGAUGCUGGCGAGAGAAGAGCGACACCGCCGCAAGAUGGAGGAGGACCGUCUGCGACCGCCGUCGCCUCCGCCUAUCGUCCACUACUCGGAGCACGAGUGCAGCCAGUUGGGGGACAAAAUCAAAGACGAUGGCAAGUUUCCCGACGCAGUGCACGUGCUGCUAACGUGGCUGGAGCGAGGCGAAGUGAACCGCCGGAACGCCAACAACUUCUACUCCAUGAUCCAGUCGUCGAACAGUCACAUCCGCCGGCUGAUGAGCGAGAAGAGUCAACACGAGAAGGAGAUGGAGGAGGCCAAAGACAAGUUUAAAACCGCCCUGUCCGGAAUACUGGGUCAAUUUGAACAGAUUGUGUCUGUAUUCCAAGCCGCUUCCAAACAAAAGGCAUGGGACCAUUUCUCCAAAGCUCAGCGCAAGAACCUGGACAUGUGGCACAAACAAGUAGAGGAGAUCAGAAACAUGCACAACGAGCAGCUGAUGGGCAUCAGACGAGAGGAGGAGAUGGAGAUGUCUGACGAUGACAUGGAGGACGCCCCAGACAGCAAGGACUCGGAGGACUUGAAUGUAUCCCAGGCAGAAGCGUUGAAGGAGGAGAACGACUCGCUGCGCUGUCAGCUGGACGCCUACAGGAACGAAGUGGAACUGUUGAAACAGGAGCAGGGAAAGAACCAGCCGAUGAGGAGCGAGGAGGACAGCACUCACUCGCAGCAGCUCAGCUUCCUGCAGCAGGCACUACAAGGCAUGCAGAAGCAACUCCUAAAGAUGAGAGAUGAACUCAAGGUAAGAGAAGCAGAGCUGGAGAGGAGUCUGGAGGACAAACAGCAGCUGAAGACCCAGGUCCAGACUCUGAAGGACGGACUCCAGAACCUGCAGAAGGUUCACCUCAGACAGCUGGAGACAUCACAGCAGGACGACAAAGUCUGUGAGGACAGCACAAGUCAAACCAGUGAAACAUCGAUGGCGUCAGGCAGUCCGGAGAAAGAAGGUCCUACAGAGAAGAACCAGCAGAGUCCGGUUCACUCAGAGAGAGAAGCCCUGCUCGUAGGUAUUAUAUCAACGUUCCUGCACGUUCACCCGUUUGGAGCCAGUAUUGAGUACAUCUGUUCGUACCUGCAGCGUUUGGACACAAAGAUCAAUCCCAGCGAGGUUGAAGCACUUCUGUCUCGACUUCCCUGCACCUUCAGACAGGAAAUGACUGGUGUCGGUGCCAGUCUGGAGAAACGCUGGAACUUCUGUGGCUUUGAGGGCAUUAAGAGCACAUAAAGAACAGACCACCUGCUCUUAGGGAUCACCGAAGAGACUUUUGGAAAGAAGGACAAGUCAAAGGCAGCGGCACAGAGACUCUGUGAUUGGGGGAAAAAAAAAAAGGGGAGCGGAACAAUGGACCUGACUGAGCCCCGGCGUCUCAGACCCGAGAGGAUUUCAGGGACGGAAACAGGACACGCAGCAGUUUCCACAGCUUUAGGAACGCCGCUAUUGAAAUUAUGACGAAAUGUGUCAAACACUGAGUGAAAAUCAGGUUUCAGAGCCGGAGACUCUCCCUCAGAAUCCUGCCGUCGAGUGGAUCAUUUCCUGGUGGAAGCAGAACUCCACGACUCAGUGUGGAGGUGUUGUUGAGGUGUUUUGGUUUUUUUUUUUUUUUGUUUUUUGUUUUUUGUUUUUUAUUUUAUUUUAAUUUAUCAGGGUCAGACUGAAAACUCUCCAAACCUCUGAGAUUCCAGACUCUCACCUCUGUCUGUCUGUUUUCUCUUUCUGCUGUUGCCGGUUUGUAUCAUAGACGACAAAUGGAUCUAUUUCUUCAUUUUCUGUAAAAGCUGUUCUCAAUUGCAUAGAAUCAUUUGUUGUAAUACACUGUAAAUGCUGGGAGGAUAUUUUUGAAUAUUAAAUAAGAUGUUUUAAGUAAAAAAA